GUUGGUGCAAGUCUCGCAAGACUCGCGGUUUUUACUGGCGUUUGUUAGUAUCUCCUUAGUGACAGUGGUUCCUGCGAAAUAAAUUGUGAUACUUAAUACGAUAUUGGGAAACAAUGACGAAGAAAGAAGAUCAAUUUGACGGAAUGCUGUUGGCAAUGGCUCAGCAACACGAAGGUGGUGUGCAAGAUUUACUGGACACCAUCUUCAGCUUCCUGCAGAGAAAAACAGACUUUUUUACUGGUGGUGGCGAAGGGGCAGCUGAAAAGCUUCUGCUCAGCAUAUUCAGAAGAUAUGAAGCUGCUGCUGUAGCCAAAGCUGAGUCUGAUAAAGCUGAGAGAGCUGAGCAAGAGAAACGGCGUAAGGAGAGACUCGAGAAGAAAAGAAAGGAGGAGAAGGCUGAAGAAGAAAAACUUGAUAACGAUUCUAGAAUAGUCGAGUUAACGGAUGAACAAGCUGUUAAGCUGCAAGAAGAAAUAGACAGCAAGAAAUUAGCAAAGGAAGCUGCUGUUGCUGGACCUAGUAAUGAUACGAGCAACAGUAAUAAGAAUAAUCAAGAUAAUAACGACAGUAAGAAGGCAGAUGGUUCGGAAGAAGAAGAGGAAGAUGAGAAAGAAAAGAAUAAGCUGAAGCCUAACAGUGGCAAUGGUGCGGACAUGCCGAACUACAGAUGGACGCAGACUCUUGGGGAAGUAGAGAUUAGGGUGCCGCUGAAGGUGAGCUUUUCGGUGCGAUCGAGGGACGUGGUGGUGACGAUCGCGAAGAAGCACCUGAGCUGCGGCCUGAAGGGCCAGUCGCCGAUCCUCGACGGCGAUUUCCCGAACGAGGUCAAACUCGAGGAGUCCACUUGGGUAAUCGAGGACGGGAAAGUGUUGCUGAUUAAUCUGGAAAAGGUGAAUAAGAUGCAAUGGUGGGCGCACGUGAUAACGAGCGAGCCGGAAAUCAGGACGAAGGAAGUGAACCCCGAACCCAGCAAACUGUCUGACCUCGACAUCGAGACGAGAGGUCUCGUGGAGAAGAUGAUGUACGAUCAGAGGCAGAAGGAGCUCGGACUACCGACUUCCGACGAGCAGAAGAAGCAGGGCGUUAUCAAAAAAUUCAUGGAGCAACAUCCCGAGAUGGACUUCUCCAAGUGUAAAUUCAAUUAACUCGACCCGAGCACGAAUCAUCAUUCAAGGCGCUAACCGCGCUUAAAAUUCCGGAUGCCGCAUCGUCGAUACCGUUGCGAUCGCGUCUCGCUCUUUCGUGAUCAUCGGAACGUCGACGUUCCGAUACACCCGAAGGAAGAGGUCAACGCGAUUGCAACAUACAUUGCGCUUCGAAGGUUGCGGGAGAUGGCAGCACCGUGUUAGGCCACAGCACCAGCUACAGAGUUCUGCUGUCGAUCGAGAGAUUCCGUUCCAAUCAUUCUUCGGUUUAUUUUCUUAUUCGCUUCGUCCUCUCCCUUUCCGUUUUUUGUACUUUAUCCACCUAUAUUUUCAGAGACAACACGGAGAUAUGCAUCGCACGCUAACGUAAACGUACAAUUUACAUGUUACAUUUUUUCUUAUCUUUCAAAUAAACUGAUCGACCGAUUGACGACGGAAGAUAUGUUUUAACAAUUACACCGAAUUUAUGCGUUUCAGUAAAUAAAAGUUGUAUAAACACUUU